GGACCCGCCUCAGCCAAUCCGCUGCCGCCGGCGUCGGGUGCGCUCGGCCUCACCCGCGGCCCUCCUUCCCCGGAGCCCGCUCGCCGCUCGCUCACUCAGCCGCCGCUGCCGCCGCUGCCGCCGCCGCUGCCGCUGCCGCUGCCGCCGCCGCUGCCGCUGCCGCACCUCCGUCGCUGACUCGGUAAUUCCUGAAGAUGGCAGAAGCUCACCAAGCUGUAGCCUUUCAGUUCACGGUCACUCCGGAUGGGAUCGACCUGCGGCUGAGCCAUGAAGCUCUUAGACAAAUCUAUCUCUCUGGACUUCAUUCCUGGAAGAAGAAGUUCAUCCGAUUCAAGAAUGGCAUCAUCACUGGCGUGUACCCGGCGAGCCCCUCCAGUUGGCUUAUCGUGGUGGUGGGUGUGAUGACAACAAUGUAUGCCAAGAUCGACCCCUCGUUAGGAAUAAUUGCAAAAAUCAAUCGGACCCUGGAAACAACUGACUGCAUGUCCAGCCAGACAAAGAACGUGGUCAGCGGCAUGCUGUUUGGCACCGGGCUGUGGGUGGCCCUCAUCGUCACCAUGCGCUACUCCCUGAAGGUGCUGCUGUCCUACCACGGGUGGAUGUUCACUGAGCACGGCAAGAUGAGUCGCGCCACCAAGAUCUGGAUGGGUAUGGUCAAGAUCUUUUCAGGCCGAAAACCCAUGUUGUACAGCUUCCAGACAUCGCUGCCUCGCCUGCCGGUCCCGGCUGUCAAAGACACUGUGAACAGGUAUCUAGAGUCGGUGAGGCCUCUUAUGAAGGAAGAAGACUUCAAACGGAUGACGGCACUUGCUCAAGACUUUGCUGUCAGUCUUGGACCAAGACUACAGUGGUAUUUGAAGUUAAAAUCCUGGUGGGCUACAAAUUACGUGAGCGACUGGUGGGAGGAGUACAUCUACCUCCGAGGACGAGGGCCGCUCAUGGUGAACAGCAACUACUAUGCCAUGGAUCUGCUGUAUGUCCUUCCAACUCACAUUCAGGCAGCAAGAGCCGGCAACACCGUCCACGCCAUCCUGCUUUACAGGCGCAAACUGGACCGGGAGGAAAUCAAACCAAUUCGUCUUUUGGGAUCCACGAUUCCACUCUGCUCCGCUCAGUGGGAGCGAAUGUUUAACACUUCCCGGAUCCCAGGAGAGGAGACAGACACCAUCCAGCACAUGAGAGACAGCAAGCACAUCGUCGUGUACCAUCGAGGGCGCUACUUCAAGGUCUGGCUCUACCACGACGGGCGGCUGCUGAAGCCCCGGGAGAUGGAGCAGCAGAUGCAGAGGAUCCUGGACAACACCUCGGAGCCUCAGCCUGGGGAGGCCAGGCUGGCAGCCCUCACCGCAGGAGACAGAGUUCCCUGGGCCAGGUGUCGCCAGGCCUAUUUUGGACGGGGGAAAAAUAAACAGUCUCUUGAUGCUGUGGAGAAGGCAGCGUUCUUCGUGACGUUAGAUGAAACUGAACAAGGAUACAGAACGGAAGACCCAGAUACAUCGAUGGACAGCUACGCCAAGUCUCUACUACAUGGCCAAUGUUAUGACAGGUGGUUUGACAAGUCGUUCACGUUUGUUGUCUUCAAAAACGGGAAGAUAGGCAUCAACGCGGAGCACUCCUGGGCAGACGCGCCGAUCAUGGCCCACCUUUGGGAGUACGUCAUGUCCACUGACAGCCUCCAGUUGGGCUAUGCAGAGGAUGGGCACUGCAAAGGCGACACCAAUCCGAACAUUCCGUACCCCACCAGGCUGCAGUGGGACAUCCCCGGGGAAUGUCAAGAGGUUAUAGAGACCUCCCUGAACACCGCAAAUCUUCUGGCAAACGACGUGGAUUUCCAUUCCUUCCCAUUCGUUGCCUUUGGUAAAGGAAUCAUCAAGAAAUGUCGCACGAGCCCAGACGCCUUUGUGCAGCUGGCCCUCCAGCUGGCGCACUACAAGGAUAUGGGCAAGUUUUGCCUCACAUACGAGGCCUCCAUGACCCGGCUCUUCCGAGAGGGGAGAACGGAGACCGUGCGCUCCUGCACCGCUGAGUCGUGCGACUUCGUGCAGGCCAUGGUGGACCCGGCCCAGACGGUGGAACAGAGGCUGAAAUUGUUCAAGGUGGCGUCUGAGAAGCAUCAGCAUAUGUAUCGCCUCGCCAUGACCGGCUCCGGGAUCGAUCGUCACCUCUUCUGCCUUUACGUGGUGUCUAAAUAUCUCGCUGUGGAGUCCCCUUUCCUUAAGGAAGUUUUAUCUGAGCCUUGGAGAUUAUCAACAAGCCAGACCCCUCAGCAGCAAGUGGAGCUGUUUGACCUGGAGAAUAACCCAGAGUACGUGUCCAGCGGAGGGGGCUUUGGACCGGUUGCUGACGAUGGCUAUGGUGUGUCAUACAUCCUUGUGGGAGAGAACCUCAUCAAUUUCCACAUUUCUUCCAAGUUCUCUUGCCCUGAGACGGAUUCUCAUCGCUUUGGAAAGCACCUGAAAGAAGCAAUGUUUGACAUCAUCACUUUGUUUGGUCUCAGUUCUAAUUCCAAAAAGUAAUUCCACUGGAGCUGCUGGGAAGGAAAACGAGCUCUUCUGACGCAAACCAAAUGAAAAAUAGGCAUUAAUCCUGAUCUUAGUUCGGGAUGAAAAAUUGCUCUGAAAAAAACUCAGAAGUUUUCCUUCCAGAAAAUUUGGGUGUUUUUGUUUUCCUAGAACAGUAUCUCUACCCCUGUGAAGCGUAACCCCACUACUUCCAGACUUGCCUUCCCUUGGGGGACAUUUGACAGAGUCUCCCCUGAAGUCUCCGGAUGGGCUUGUGUUUAUUAAGGGAUGCAAAUCGUGUUGAGUUAAUGAAGGAAUUAGUAGGGUUGUGGCUUCACACACAUUGGAAUGGAAAUGGUGCGCUUUCUCAGUGGCAACCGAAGGCCUCGUGCUUAAGGGCAUUUAGCGUCAUCCAAGCAGGGUAAACUUUCGUUUUGUUAAAAGAAAAAUGUGUUUUUCAAGCUGGUGGUGUCCACAGUCAUAGCUAACACAUCUGGAAUGCACUAACCAAAAUGCUGUGCUUUGGAGACCUGCUUUUGUCGCCGUGGGUAACUGUUCCCGUCCGGUCCAGUUGCCUGUGUUUGCCUCUCCACAUGUGAAGCAAGCAGCAUGCAACGUCUUUAGUUUUACUGAGCUUGUAUGUCUUCGUGUCUUCACAACCCAGUGCCUUAAAAAUGAAAGGCCCUAAACGUAAGGGAGAUGGAGUGAAAGAUUUAUUUUGUGGAGUCUUUGGUCGGAAUUGUGGGUGUACUGUUCCCUUCACAAUUGACCGAGUAUGGAUAACCCUACAUAAGCAUUUGCUACACCCCACCAGCUCCUCCCCCUCAGAAAGACCAGUUCCUUCCCAAGGGCAGCUGUGCCACACUCCCCUCCCGGGACUGCCUUGUUGUCAUCAUAAGCAACAAAAGGAAGAAACAGGCACUUGUCAUAAAAGGGGAGCAAGGGCCGUGAUGGUCAGAUAAUUCACUCAAGAAUAAAACAUGACGCGUGCCUCAGGAGGAUCUCUUCCCCAGAGUGACAGCAAGGAAGGCAGGGCAUUGGCCACGGAGCGGGGACCAGCGAGUGAGGAAGGGGAGGGCAGCCCACCGUGGUGAGGAGAGAGUGGCUCCAUGACCCCAAGGGAUGGCCUUCUCCUCCCACCCGGUGAGGGGGAAGACUCGCAGGAGGGUGAUGGAGACAGUAUGCCAGCCCACUUUGGUGACCAGCCAGGGUGUCUCAAGUGACGGUGCUAGGUUCACCCAGCCUGUCCUUCAGAUAGGAGUGCCUUCACGAAAGCGUCUCAUGGACCACAAAGCAAUUAUGCACUGAGUCAUCUUGAGUAUUUAAUGCAAAAAUGAAGCCUCAUGGAAUGAAAUUCCCACUGGCUGUCAUGACAAGCUUAGCUGUCCAUUGUUUUAAAUUGUGUAUUUAUUUAUUUGACCACUUGGUUCUAGUUGGGCCUGACUCCUUCAGAGUCCUGCACCCCGACAGUACAACAGUGACGGCUCAACUGUUGGAGUCGAUGGAAGGUGCUUGCCGGAGAGCACAUGCUUUUUUUUUUUUUAAGAUGGAGUUUCGCUCUUGUUGCCCAGGCUGGAGUGCAAUGGUGCGAUCUCAGCUUACGGCAGGCUCCACCUCGCAGGUUCAAGCAAUUCUCCUGUCUCAGCCUCCCGAAUAGCCAGGAUUACAGGCCCCCACCACCACGCCUGGCUAAUUUUUGUAUUUUUAGUAGAGAUGGGGUCUCAUCAUAUUGGUCAGGCUGGUCUUGAACUCCUGACAUCAGGUGAUCUGCCCGCCUCAGCCUCCCAAAGUGCUGGGAUUACGGGCGUGAACCACUGUGCCUGGCCCACAUGCAUAUUUCAUGUAUGUAUACUUUGUGAUGUAAAAACACCACCUUUGUGGGCCAAAGAUUUUUUUUUCUCCUAAAAACAAUAAGAAAUGAAAACAAAAGACCAAAAAAAAAAAAAAAGGCAGCCAGGCACGGUGGCUCACGCCUGUAAUCCCAGCACUUUGGGAGGCCGAGGCGGGCAGAUCACGAGGUCAGGAGAUUGAGACCGUCCUGGCUAACACAGUGAAACCCCGUCUCUACUAAAAAUACAAAAAAUUAGCCGGGCGCGGUGGCGGGCGCCUGUAUUCCCAGCUACUCAGGAGGCUGAGACAGGAGAAUGGCGUGAACCCGGGAGGCGGAGCUUGCAGUGAGCCAAGAUCACGCCACUGUACUCCAGCCUGGGCAGCAGAGUGAGACUCCAUUAAAAAAAAAAAAAAAAAGCAAAAACAAAACAACAACAAAAGUCCCUGAUUGUCUGUGGUGUAUGAGUCAAGCAGGCUGGGGGAUGUAACUCCCUCUGCCCUCGGCAAGAAUAGUGCUUCCGUCAAAAGCUGGCAGCCGGCGUCAGUCCCUAUCAGAGCCAGCUAGAUCAUGCACUGUUGACCACUGAGCAAUCUGUGUUACCGUACAGUUCACAUGGGAAUUUGAGUGUAGACAUGUGAGUGCUUAAACAUAUUUGGGUUUCUCUCUCAGGUUUUAAAUGUUUCAAAUGUCAUUGUUGCUCAUCAGUGCAGUUAUCAAUGCAAUUUUAUAUUCCUUGAGGGGAGGAAGAGGGUGGUUAUUGUACAUGUCCAAGGGGGUUGGUAAGAGUAUUAUCUAUUUAAUUUAAUUUGGAACAAACCAUCGUCUUAACACAGCCAUGGUUUGAAUUUGUUAUCUUGGACUGACCGGUGCAUGUAAAUACAAUAUGCUCUUUGGAUGUAAAUCUUAGAAAUGCAGUGUGAAUGUAGGUUAUCAUUAAAACAUUAACCCCAGUCUACUACAA